AUGAUGAAAAUUGCUCAGCAGAAGCAGGAGGUUACCGAGAAGGCUGUUAAACAAGGGGAGAGUGAAAUAAACCGAAUCAGUGAAGUGCUUCAGAAGCUGCAAAAUGAAAUUUUGAAAGACUUGUCUGAUGGCAUCCACAUGGUGAAGGAUGCAAGGGAGCGAGACUUCACAUCUCUGGAAAACACAGUGGAAGAGAGACUAACAGAGCUAACCAAAUCUAUAAAUGAUAACAUUGCUGUAUUCACUGAAGUCCAGCAGAGGAGCCAAGAUGAAAUCAACAAUAUGAAAGCAAAGGUUGAUUCACUAGAAGAAGCAGAUGCAUAUAAACAUGAAAUUAAGGUGCUAAAAGAUGCUUUUGAUGAGAUGCAGGCGUCCAUGAAAGCCAAAGAAAAGGCCAUAGAGACCUUGAAGAGUACGAUAGACUCCAUGGAGUCUGAUGUGUAUACUGAAGUGAAAGAGCUGGUCAACCUCAAACAAGAACAUGAGAAAUUCAAAGAGGCUGCAGACACUGAACAUCUUUCACUAAAAGCUUUACAAGAGAAAGUUCUGAGAGCUGAGGAUUCUAUUAUGCAGCUCCCUGGUGACAUUAAAAGACUUGAUGAAGAUUUACGGCAAGUUAAAGCCGACUUCAACAAAUGGGAAGAAAAUGAACUCUUCAGAAAAGCAUUAGAAACUUUUGGGAAGAACAGUGAAGGCCUGGAGUCUCGAUUGAGGCACAUAGAAGAAAGCCUGGAGUCUCUGACUUCUGUUGCUGCUCAAAACAGUGAAAAGUUGCAGUCUUUCCUUUCUAAGGAGGCGGAGUACGAGAACAAGCUCAGUGCCCUAGAGCAAAGCAUUACAGGACUUCAGGGAAUCUCAGAUAUGGACAUAACGUCAGUCACAGACACUCUGAAAAGUCUUGGUGAAUCACAGACCUCACUGUACAAUGACGUGGAGAACUUGAGAAGAAGCAUCAGCGACCUGCCAUCCUCUGGUGCUCUUGAGGAUGUCCAGAAGCAAAUUAGUACUUUGGUGGAUCAAGGAAAUCUUCAGACGGGUCAAGCACAUUCUCAAGGCUAUCUUGAAAAGUUUUCUUCUGUGGAAGGCUCUGUAGAUGAACUGAGAUCUUCUGUCAGCCAGGUUGAUUCUGAUUUGAAAAUGAUAAGAACUGCAGUGGAUAGUUUAGUCUCCUACUCAGUCAAAAUUGAAAAUAAUGAGAACAGCUUGGAGUCUGUAAAGAGCUCAAUAGAUGACCUGAGGAAUGAUCUGGAAAGGUUGUUUGUGAAAGUAGAAAAGAUACAUGAAAAAGUUUAGGCAGCAGUCCUCCUUGUGCAGAUAAUGGAUUAAGAAGAAUAGCUUUUGUAUGCCCAGUUUUUUACUCUUUUUAAAAGCAAUUUGAUACCUCCAAAGAGAAUAAGAAUACUUUAACAAUAGAGACAGUUCUGCUUAUUUCUUUUAUUUCUCUUUUGUGUAGGUUUUUUUUAAAUUUUGUUUUAAGAAAACCAUGCGUUUAGUUGGGGGUUGAGUUUCUAAGGACUCAUCUUCUCUACAAAGUUGUACUGUUGGAACUGUACUGGUGUAACUAAGGCACUACAGCCUUGUUAGCAUGGGCACAUAUUUAAUGGCACGAAGGUGUUCCAUUCACACUAUGACACUCGGUAUCCCACACGGAAGGGCUACAGCUGCUCUGGUA